GGUCUUUGUUCUCUGUAGAAAGAAACAUGGGUGCCAUUUAACAAUUCCGUGACACUCUUGUUAAAGCGGAACAGCACUUGAGAGUAAAGAGAAUAAAUUAUUGCUCAAAAACACCAAAAGAAUUGAUUUCUUUUGCUAAUUUUUCUUAUACAUCACUACAGUUUUUGGAUAUUGGAAUUCACGAGACUCAAUAUACACUGAAUUAUGACUUCUCAAGGGCAAGCUGGAAAUGAAUCUAAAGAACUAGACGAAGAAUUUAUGAACGAUGAUGUUCCUGUUUCAUUAGGCGAAAAGAAAACUUUGGAUGAAUACGUACAUAUGGAUGCUGAAGAUCCUUCUUUAACAAAAUGGAAAGAGUCGCUUGGUAUUUCCAAUAAAGGAUACUCCCCUCCUAACGACCCUCGAACUGUGGUUAUUGAACAACUCAGUCUACUUGUGACCGGUCGUGAUCCUAUUCAUGUGGACAUGCAAGAUGAGGCUAGCGUGGAACAGAUCCAUAAGAAGGGAUUCGUCAUAAAGGAGGACAGCGAAUACAGAAUUGGCGUUCGUUUCCGUGUCCAACAUGAACUUAUCUCCGGCUUACGCUAUGUCCAGGUUGUACGCCGAGUAGGAAUGACGGUCGACAAAUCGUCUAUCAUGAUCGGCUCCUAUAGUCCUAAUGAAGCUCCUUAUGCAUUUACGACGGAACCCGAAGAAGCACCUAGCGGAUUCCUUGCCCGUGGUCAUUACGAAGCCAUUGGUAAAUUCAUUGACGAUGAUCAAGUUGUCCAUCAUGUAGUUAACUGGUCAUUUGAUGUCACAAAGAGUUGGAAGUGAACUUGAGUUGUUUAGCCCAAUGUCAUGUUUGAAGAAUCAAAAAUUAUAUCCGACUAUGACAUUACUUUUUGUGUGUAUUCCCUUGUUAGAAGCUGUUUGAUCUUUUAUUGUUUGCUUCCUUUUCCUUGGCUGACAAGCAAUGAAUUCACCCUUAUUAUGAGUUUACUUAUUAUACUUACGGAAGUGGUUAGCAAUUUUUUCUAACUAUAUCUUGCUCUAAUGAAAUUUAUUCCAACUUUACCCAAAAUAUAUUUCCUCUUUCUUCUCAAAUCAAAUGCAGAACAUAAAAACCUCCUGAAAGAGGUGAAAAGGAUCAAGAAUUAUACA